AGGAAUAAACAUGCAAUUGAUUUCAAUUAUUUUCGCUUUAGGACUUGUAGCUCUUGCUUAUGCAGGACACCAUCACGGUCAUGCUAGUAGUUAUGCUAGUGUUGUAAAGCAUGAUCAUCAUGGUCAUAAUGAACAUCACGGACAUCAUGGUCAUGAGGAACAUCAUGAUCACCACGAUCACCAUGAUCAUCAUUCACAUCCAGCUUAUAAAUUCGAAUAUGGUGUAAAAGAUUCUCAUACAGGUGAUCACAAAAAUCAAUGGGAACAUCGUGAUGGUGAUCAUGUCAAAGGUGCUUAUGAACUUCAUGAAGCUGAUGGUACAAAACGUAUUGUCGAAUAUACUUCCGAUAAACAUAAUGGUUUUAAUGCAAUUGUUAAAAGAGUCGGCCACGCUCAUCAUCCUGAAGGACAUCAUGGUCAUGGAUGGGAUCAUGGACAUCAUGGACAUCACGGACACGCCGAAAGCUGGGCUAAUUCCAAUUUAUAUGACCAUCAUCAUUAAGUUUUCAUCUACCGUUUAACGACCAACUUUGACUUUAAUUAUAUUAAAGCAAAAAAAUUAUUUA